AUGUUCUAUGAGAUGCUUCUUUUGCUUUUAUUUAAGUAUACAGUAGCCGCUUAUGUGAUUUUUGAAAAUAUUUCGUGGAUAGUUAGACGUAUUAUUUUUGUUGUUAUUGAUAAGAAUAAUUCUAAAAUAUUGUUGAGAAGUGUGGUUUUAGAUUUUAUGUAUCUUAAAACUAUAUUAAUCAUGAAAAAUUAUAUAGCAAUGUCAAAUAAAAAUUAA